CGUGUGUGAUGGUGGGGUCAAGACGCAGUGCAGAGAGAUGGGGUGAUUGGAGAUGUUGGGAAACGGGUUGCCCCAGAUGUCUCUGUGCUCGUCUGUGUUUCUCUGCUUGGCUCUGUGCCCCGUGUUUCUGAGCCUGCUCUAGUCACCUCUUGCUUUGUGUUUCUCGCUCUGCCUCCCCCUGCCUCCAUCCUCUGUCUGUCUGUCUUUGUGUCUCUGCCCGGGGCUCCUCUUGGCUCUGUCUGGCUCUGAUGACUCAUCUGGGAUAGGCAUGAAGGUUUCUCAGGGGAACAAGAGUCCUGCUGUUCCCGAGAGAGGUGGGGGUGGAGAGUGGCACCCAGGAAUUCCAGGCCAGUCUCCUGGGACUCCAGCAGCCUGCUCCCCUGCACCAUGGCGCUGGACCCCAAGGGACCAGGCAUGAUGUUGUCCGGUUCUAGCCUGUCCUUUGAUAACCAAGUUUCCCCUGCAACUCAGGCAUCCCCCUCAGCUGCUGCUUCAGAGCUCUGGGGUCCCAGCUGCCUCUUACAUUCCUGCCCUAGAGCAUUUUGGGAGCAGCUGGAAGAGGACAAAGGGAUGGGGGAGUAUCCCCCACUCCCCCUACCUCCUGGGGUGACCUGGCUUCCUGGUCUUCAGACCCACCCUCAUCUCCAAGGCAACUCAGCUUUUCCUCAGCCCUGGGCUCUUCCUUCAGAGGCAACCACCUUCUGAAAGAGGGAACUGGAGACGGGAUGUCUGGGUCUCUGGAGGGGAAGGCAGAGCAGGGAGAGCUGGGGACGGGAUGCUUUGGAGCUGAUGGCAGGGUGGCGUAGGGCUGUGAGAGGUGUCGGAAGUCCCUGAGGAUUCCAGGGCCCGGAGAAUCAGUGCAGGGCUCUGGGACCAGCACAGGUUAGGAUAACUUUUCCUACACCUGGGGCGGGGAGAGGAGUUGCUUGGGUUUGUGAGGAGAUGCCAGCUGGAAUGGUUUUAGGUGGAGUGAGCUGCCUGGGCCUGGGAGGAACAGAGUGGGGAUUCUCCAACUUUAAGGGGCACAGAUCAGUGGGGAUCGUGCAGAUUCCGAUUCAGCAGGUCCAGGGCGGCUGAGAUUCUGGGUGCUGCUGAUGCUGCUGGGCCGCAGGGCUGUAGAGGACAGUAAGACUGGAGGUGCUGGGCUCCCCAUUUUAGAAUUCUGGGCUUCUAGCUGGAGGGACCAGGGUCCGCUGGCCCAGGCUUAUCCGAUGUUUAAUUCUAUCAUAUUCUCCACAAGGAGUUGCCCAGCCUUUUCUGGGACACCUUUAUUUUUUAAAAAUCAAAAUAAUUUUUAUAUUGUUUUAAUUUUUUUUACAUAUCACGUGAUUUUACAUAAAUGCAUCAAUGUUGCCCUAUGUUACAGGAUUUAGAAAAAUAGUACAAUCAGCCUGUCUUUACCCUUUUUGUUUUGCUUUUUGUUCUUUUUCCUCACUCAUGUUAACUCAUGUUAUGUUUUAUUGUUAUAGUCUAUUAUGUCUCCCCUCUCUCUAGACGUACAUACGGGUGUAUAUACAAACACGGAGGUUUCUUUAUCCUUUGUUUUCAAAAGAGAUGCUGUCCCCACCCCCUUAGGCCUGAGGGAUCAAGAGCUAUGGGGCCAGGGGCCCUCUCUUUUCUACUGCUGCUGCUUUUGGUGGCAACUGGAGAUGCUGACAUGAAGGGACAUUUUGACCCUGCCAAGUGCCGCUAUGCCCUGGGCAUGCAGGACCGGACCAUCCCGGACAGUGACAUCUCUGCCUCCAGCUCCUGGUCAGACUCCACUGCUGCCCGCCACAGCAGGCUGGAGAGCAGCGAUGGGGACGGGGCAUGGUGCCCUGCAGGGUCCGUGUUUCCCAAGGAGGAGGAGUACCUGCAGGUGGACCUACAGCGGCUGCACCUGGUGGCUCUCGUGGGCACCCAGGGGCGGCAUGCCGGGGGCCUGGGCAAGGAGUUCUCCCGGAGCUACCGGCUGCGUUACUCCCGGGAUGGCCACCGCUGGAUGGACUGGAGAGACCGCUGGGGUCAGGAGGUGAUCUCAGGUAACGAGGACCCUGAGGGAGUGGUGCUCAAGGACCUUGGGCCCCCUAUGGUGGCCCGACUGGUUCGCUUCUACCCCCGGGCUGACCGGGUCAUGAGCGUCUGUCUGCGGGUGGAGCUCUACGGCUGCCUGUGGAGGGAUGGACUCCUGUCUUACACCGCCCCUGUGGGGCAGACGAUGUACCUGUCAGAGGCCGUGUACCUCAACGACUCCACCUACGAUGGACAUACUGUUGGCGGGCUGCAGUACGGCGGUCUGGGCCAGCUGGCAGACGGCGUGGUGGGGCUGGAUGACUUUAGGAAGAGCCAGGAGCUGCGGGUCUGGCCAGGCUAUGACUAUGUGGGAUGGAGCAACCGCAGCUUCCCCAGCGGCUAUGUGGAGAUGGAGUUUGAGUUUGACCGGCUGAGGGCCUUCCAGGCCAUGCAGGUCCACUGUAACAACAUGCACACGUUGGGAGCCCGCCUACCUGGCGGAGUAGAAUGUCACUUCAAGCGGGGCCCUGCCAUGGCCUGGGAGGGGGAGCCCAUGCGCCACAACCUGGGGGGCAGCCUGGGGGACCCCAGAGCCCGGGCUGUGUCGGUGCCCCUGGGCGGCCGUGUGGGCCGCUUUCUGCAGUGCCGCUUCUUCUUUGCGGGGCCCUGGUUACUCUUCAGUGAGAUCUCCUUCAUCUCUGAUGUGGUGAACGACUCCUCUCUCGCUCUGGGGGGCACCUUCCCGCCAGCCCCCUGGUGGCCGCCUGGCCCACCUCCCACCAACUUCAGCAGCUUGGAGCUCGAGCCCAGGGGCCAGCAGCCCGUGGCCAAGGCCGAGGGUAGCCCGACCGCCAUCCUCAUCGGCUGCCUGGUGGCCAUCAUCCUGCUGCUGCUGCUCAUCAUCGCCCUCAUGCUGUGGCGGCUGCACUGGCGCAGGCUCCUCGGCAAGGCGGAGCGGCGGGUGUUGGAAGAGGAGCUGACGGUUCAUCUUUCUGUCCCCGGGGACACCAUACUCAUCAACAACCGCCCAGGUCCUCGAGAGCCACCCCCUUACCAGGAGCCCCGGCCUCGUGGGAAUCCGCCGCACUCUGCUCCCUGUGUCCCCAGCGGCUCUGCGUUGCUGCUCUCCAAUCCAGCCUACCGCCUCCUUCUGGCCACUUACGCCCGCCCCCCUCGAGGCCCCGGCCCCCCCACACCCGCCUGGGCCAAACCCACCAACACCCAGGAGCUGCAGGAGGAGGGCCUCACCCUGGGCGCUUGCCCUGUUCCCCACGUGUCCUCUCUCUGCAGUCCCAGAGCCUGCAGCGGGGACUAUAUGGAGCCUGAGAAGCCGGGUGCCCCGCUUCUGCCCCCGCCUCCCCAGAACAGCGUCCCCCAUUAUGCCGAGGCUGACAUUGUCACCCUGCAGGGCGUCACUGGGGGCAACACCUAUGCUGUGCCCGCGCUGCCCCCAGGGGCGGUUGGGGAUGGGCCCCCCAGAGUGGAUUUCCCUCGGUCGCGGCUCCGCUUCAAGGAGAAGCUUGGCGAGGGCCAGUUUGGGGAGGUGCACCUGUGUGAGGUAGAGAGCCCUCAAGAUCUGGUCAGUCUUGAUUUCCCCCUUAACGUGCGCAAGGGACAACCCUUGCUGGUAGCUGUCAAGAUCCUACGGCCAGAUGCCACCAAGAAUGCCAGGAAUGACUUCCUGAAGGAGGUGAAGAUCAUGUCGAGGCUCAAGGACCCCAACAUUAUCCGGCUCCUGGGCGUGUGUGUGCAGGACGACCCCCUCUGCAUGAUCACCGACUACAUGGAGAAUGGCGACCUGAACCAGUUCCUCAGUGCCCACCAGCUGGAGGACAAGGCAGCUGAGGGUGCCCCUGGGGACGGGGAGGCUGCCCAGGGGCCCACCAUCAGCUACCCAAUGCUGUUGCACGUGGCGGCCCAGAUCGCCUCGGGCAUGCGCUAUCUGGCCACACUCAACUUUGUGCAUCGGGACCUGGCCACACGGAACUGCCUGGUUGGGGAGAAUUUCACCAUCAAAAUUGCUGACUUUGGCAUGAGCCGGAACCUCUACGCCGGGGACUAUUACCGCGUGCAGGGCCGGGCGGUGCUGCCCAUCCGGUGGAUGGCCUGGGAGUGCAUCCUCAUGGGGAAAUUCACAACUGCAAGUGACGUGUGGGCCUUUGGGGUGACCUUGUGGGAGGUGCUGAUGCUCUGCAGGGCCCAGCCCUUUGGGCAGCUCACUGACGAGCAAGUCAUCGAGAACGCAGGCGAAUUCUUCCGCGACCAGGGCCGGCAGGUGUACCUGUCCAGGCCGCCUGCCUGCCCACAGAGCCUGUAUGAGCUGAUGCUUCGGUGCUGGAGCCGGGAGCCUGAGCAGCGACCACCCUUUGCCCAGCUGCAUCGGUUCCUGGCAGAGGACGCGCUCAACACGGUGUGAACCACAGCAUUAGCUGCCCCUCCCUCAGCGAGCCAUCCAGGGGAAGCCAGGGACACUAAAACAAGAGGCGCCAACGGCCCCCCCACCUCACUCCCCUCCUGACCCGGCACCUCUGAGAGAGGCGGUGACUGCAGGUGGGCUGGGCCUGCCUGGACACGCUCACAUCUCCUUCCUGUUCCUCCUUCCUAGAAGUCCCCACCGCCCCCAGCUGGCCCUGUGGAUGGGACCUCUCUGACCCCUCUAGCCGUCCUUGGGGAAGGGUGGGGACAAAUAUAGGGCAGACACUGGACAUGGCCCGUCGGAGCUCCUGGGCCCCACUGGACAACACUGGUUCCUGGAGAGGUGGCUGUGCCCCCAGCCUCUCUUCCUGUCACACACUGGACCCCACUGGCUGAGAAUCUGGGGGGAGGGAGGAGGACAAGAGGGGGAGAAAGCUGUUCCCUUGUGCUUGCUCCUGUGCAACUGUCCUCAGCUUUGGGUUCUUCCUCCUCCACCACCUGGAACACUGGACCUGGGGUGAUCCCUGCCCCAGCCCUCAGUCAGCCCAGCUUCCCACCUGCCACGUUGUAGCUAGAACUUAUCUAAGCCUAUCCGAUUCUGUGAGCAAAUAUUGAGAUUAGGGGGAAAGAGGGAGCAGUGGCCUGUGGCCCUGGGGUUGGCCAUCUCUAUUGUAGCUGCCAUAUUGGUUUUUCUGUAAUCACUUGGGGUUUGUACAUUUUUGAGGGGAGAGACACAGAUUUUUACACUAAUAUAUGGACCUAGCUUGAGGCAAUUUUAAUCCCCUGCACUAGGCAGGUAAUAAUAAAGGUUGAGUUUUCCACA